CGGGUUAGGACUACAGCGGCAGCCCAAAGCAAUCGAUAAUCCAUGAGCCGAUUUCACCGCGCUUCGCAGCUGCUCGUGGCACUUCGGAGGUACAUUACCACCAUCUACUGGACAAAAGCUUAUCCGUUUAGCUGAGUGAGGCAUCCCAACAAACAGCAACCAAACAGGCUCCAGGCAGCCAAACCUCCUUGGAAAUAUACAGAAAGACAGUGAGUGAGUGAGCGCUGCACUGUGUCGGACUGCAAAGGCUCCUCUUGAAGGAGGGGGGCCGAGGGAGGGGCGUCUGUGGAAAAUGAACCGCUACACAAUGCUAAAACAGCUGGGGGACGGCACCUACGGAAGUGUACUCCUGAGCAAGAGCAAUGAGACGGGCGAGCUGGUUGCCAUCAAGAGGAUGAAGAGGAAGUUUUAUUCUUGGGAAGAAUGCAUGAAUCUGAGGGAGUUGAAGUCGCUGAAGAAACUAAACCAUCCCAAUGUAAUAAAACUGAAAGAGGUCAUAAGGGAAAAUGACCACCUUUUCUUUGUCUUCGAGUAUAUGAAAGAAAACCUCUACCAGCUCAUGAAUGACAGGAGCCAUGCAAUGUUUUCUGAAAACGAGAUAAGGAACAUCCUGUUUCAAGUGUUGUCUGGCUUAGCUUUUAUGCACAAACAUGGGUAUUUCCACCGUGACAUGAAACCAGAGAACUUGCUCUGCACUGGUCCAGAAUUGGUUAAGAUUGCAGAUUUUGGGCUUGCCAGAGAAAUACGCUCCCAGCCACCAUACACUGAUUAUGUGUCUACCAGAUGGUACAGAGCUCCAGAAAUCCUGCUCAAGUUCACCUCAUACAGCUCACCUGUUGACAUCUGGGCAGUAGGGUGCAUCAUGGCAGAACUUUACACCCUCCGACCCUUGUUUCCUGGCAACAGUGAGGUGGACGAGAUCUUCAAGAUCUGUCAAGUGCUGGGAACUUUGAAGAAGGCAGAUUGGCCUGAGGGCCAUAUUUUAGCCAGCUCAAUGAACUUCCGUUUUCCAAAAUGUGUCCCGACCUGCCUCAGCUCUCUGAUUCCCAAUGCCAGCGAUCAAGCCAUCACACUAAUGAAAGACAUGCUACAGUGGGAUCCCAAGAAAAGGCCAAAUGCUGCCCAGGCACUGCGGUAUCCAUACUUUUAUGUGGGUCAGUCACUUGGUGUCCCUCUGAAGUACUCAAAGCAGCACAAGCUCCUGUCAAAGACUCUCAAAGGAGCUGUGGAAGAAAAAGCUCCAUGUAUGACAAACAAGUUGUCUCAGGAGCCCAAAAAAGCUCAAACAGAAUCACAGAUCAGCAGCCAAGCUCUCCAUCAGCCCCUUCAUCCCACCCAACCAUCCCAGCAGGCGGACACACAACAACAAGUGUGUCCCAGCUUGCUCUCAGAGGAACAGCAGGAACCUCUUAGCCUGGUAAAAAACAGGCAGCCCAUAACUCCUACACAAACAGUAACCACGGGGGCGGGGAACAGUGUUACCAGAGUGAGAGCUGGUCGAAGACGAUGGGGUCAAACGUCUAUCAAAUCGAUCGACAGCUGGGAUACUGCUGAUGAUGCAGAUGUUGGAGUUUCCAUCUCCAAAAAACCCACCAUCAGUGCUUUGAGGGAUGAAGCCCUUGAUGUGUCGAGCAGUUGUUUUCCUGUGUCAAAGACUUCUACACCAGUAAAACCAACAGGCAACAAUGGACUGGACAGAGGGGACUCCACAAUCUUGUCUCCCAAACAGCACUACCUGCAGCAGUCCAGAUACCUACCAGGCAUAGAUCCAAAAAGAUCUUCAACAGGGAACCAGGGGGUCAGUAGAAGCCUGUGGGACAUCUUGGGCUUAGCUCAAGGACAGGAACAGGAGCGCCCCCUUAUUAAAGACUCCUUCAUGUCCAAGACAAAUAUUUCACCUGUUGAGAAGUCAGAAACUAAAGACACUAAACAGAUGACGCCACAAGCACAGAUCGGAGGCCCCUCUGCUGUUGAUCUGUCAUCCUCUGCUGAUCUCCGGAUUGACUCAAAAAUUAAACUGUCCAAGAGUGCAAUCUUCUCUAAUAAAGAUAUUCAGAUAGACCAUGAUGACUUCAGAUCUCCUCAAAUCCCUUGUCCUUGUCCAAAUGGCAGCUUUUCAGGAAUGAACACCUUCUCUAGAAACAUAAACAUGCCACCAAUACAUGGGCGGGUAGACUGGACUGCCAAAUAUGGAGGCAAUCGAUAGAACAUCAGUGCACAAGACCAUGUGCUGAUUACUUCUCAUUUUCUAUCACUAAUUUGUCAAACAUUUAAAUAUUGGACAGAAAAUGCCCAGUCAAUCCUACAAUCAGUAUUGUUGACAUUGCAGAGACUCAUUUUGCCAUAAUCCUUCACAAUACCUCCAAAGUUCACGCAGAUAAGCAUUUCUGCAGGAGCAAUUUGUUCGUACUGAAGUGUGACCACCUGUGGUGGCGUAAACCAUAAACCCAACCCCCACCCAUUUCUCACACACGGGCCUCCUACCAGUAUCUUGUAAGGAUCCAUAGUAUAAUAUAAUAUACACGAUUCCACAUUCCUCACUAGGAAUGUAACUGCAGCAUAUAGUCUUCUGUGAUUACUGUGUUUGAUUAAAGUCAAAAUAAAAUAGAACUCAUCAUGUUUUUUCACACCCGUCAUGGCUUCCACUCGCGUCAACUCCUGUCUCAUGGUUUCCACUCCCCUCAAUUCGCGAUGACUUUGUUUUUCGCAAUUCCCGCUACCUCCUGCUCCCGAUGACCUUCGCUCCCGCUCCUGCCCAAUCGUGAUUGAUUGUGAAGUUCACUCCUGACCCCCGGGAUUCCUGAAAAAUGUCAGCCUCUACCGUGUUCAGCUCCACAGAGGACGGAAUUAUGAAUUUCUUGCAUGCAUUUAAGAAAUAACCAUAACUCUUUCCAUACAGACAAAACACUGCACUGUACAGAAACAAAAAAGAUGUACUGUACUAAAAUCAUAACCAUUAAACAGCAAAAAUGCAAUCAAAAGUGCUCAUUGUG